AUGGCGACGUUGCAGAAAUUCAAGCUUCUAGCAACACAAUGUGGCGUCGCACAGAGUCCAACACGAAGCCCGAGAACCAGUCCCCUAGUCCACCUCCCCCAGCGCCGCAAAACCACACUCCGGAUGCUCCUCGGACGCCGCUCUCCUCGCCAACAGGAGCCACAGCUACCACCGAUUCACCCGCAGAGGAUCGUGGCGCCGUUACCGGAGAGAAAGAGAGACACGUUGAAGGACUUGUUUAUAUCUUCCGCAAUGUCGUUUGAUGAUGAAUUAGAAGAGGGAAAGAGAAGGAAAGAGGGAGAAGAUGUGAUUGGAGGAUUUGGAGGUAAGUGUGAAGUGUAUAGAAUGAAAGUUAACGGUUUGGGAUAUGGACCGGGUUCGCCUAGACCCGGUUGGAUCGGGUUUAGACACCGGUCUAUUUUGAGGAAAGCUUGGCGACCUAUGCUUGCUGCUAUCCCGGAGACUGAGUAG